AUGGUUAAAUAUAAAGGUUCGCUCUAUGAUUACAUCGCGGACAAAAAGAAAGACCCAGGCACCAUCUCGAUUAAGCUUAGAUAUCUGGGUCUUGACGCUCAGAAAAUUGAGCCUCGCAUAGUUAUACAAUGUGAGAAGAGGGUCAAAAAGACAAUCAAGAAGUUCUUUGCACAGAAACACGUGAAGGAAGACCUUUCGUCAGAUUUCAGAGUCCUGGUGUUGGACGAGCCACCGAUAGAGGUUGCAAACGACGAUACGAUAGAUGCCCUUUCCGACUCCCUCCCCAGAAAGACGAUGUGCGGGAUGCCUAUCACAUUGAGCAGAGGUGGCAGAUCCGUCAGCUGUACUCUUGGUGGAGUCAUCAUUAUUGGAACCGAACAGAAACGUCUAUAUGGGCUCAUAGCUGGGCAUCCAUUGAAAAGAAUUCGAGGCGACCUUUCUGGCAAGCAGCCAACGUACAAAGCUGAUAGAUCAACAUCGUCAAAAGCACAAGAGAAGGGGAAGAAUUAUAACAGUACAGCCACCUCUAAAGAAACAUCAGCGAUGCCUUCUAACCCGGUGCAUUCAGGUUUCAUGAGAACGAGUCAAGACGAUCAUUUGCGAAGAAAACUCAAAAUAGGGACCGUUGUUUCUGACAAUUUCAAUAUCUCAUCAAAAAACAACUACGAUUGGGCACUCAUUGAACUCAACCAGGAAUAUGCAUUGCCGAAUGCAGUGGUUCGAAUUAAGCAGCCCAAAGAAUCCGAGUUCGAAGAUAACCAUACAGAGAUUUACACCCAUUACAACGAGUUUUCCCCUGGAACCACCAUAAAGCAGGUACUUGUGCUAAAAUACGGCAAUCCAAGCGAAGCAGAACUAUCCUUGAAUACUUCUUUAUUGGUUAUGUCCUCUGGGUCCGAGUUUGUUGAUGCUCACGAUGUUACCAUGAAGGAUGGCUCAUCACUAUGCCCGGGUGAUUCUGGUCUAUGGGUAGUAGAUGCCAAGAACGGGAACUUGUAUGGACACGUCGUUUCUGUGGAUGCGUUUGGAGAAGCCCAGGUGAUGCCGAUCCAGCCCACCCUCCAGAGCAUCAAAAAGCAGUUGAAAGCCGCUCAAGUUUACCUUGCCACAAGCUCGGCUGUUAAACAGCUGAAAGUUGCUCCGGAGGAGCCAUCUACUUCCACUCAAUUAUGGCCAACUGCCACAGAAGCAAGGCCGGCACUUGGGCCGACUGUGAGCUCAGAAGAGGACUCUUUACAAGACCGCCCUCCAUGGAACACCACGUACCCGUAUGACCAAGGCAAAUUCUUCAGCCCGCUGUCAUUGUCUCAAUCCGAUCACGAGGUAAAGGAUUUCAAACGUCAUACGUCCAGUACUACAGUCGAGCCAUUGUCUACCCUGACAGCAAAGUCUACCAAAAACACGAAUGAAGGCUAUCAACAUCCAAUACCAGACCAGGAUUCUAGCGAUCCGGACUUGCUUCAGCAGAGUAGUGUAGAGUGCCCUGUCAUCAACAUCCCCCCAGACUUUGACUGGGUUCCCGCUCCAGAGGUUCCGGAAAAGGAGGACCGCAACCCACGUCGUGAAGAUGACAAACCAGGAGUCCAACAAUGGCUCCAGGAGCAGGGUGAGGAAUCAGACAUCCGACCUUCUAUGCUUCAACAAUUCAAGUCACAGUUGCGCCAGAACUAUGGUAGUUGGCGUUUGAACAUUUUAGUGACUUUAGCUAGUUUCUUUAGUUUCGUCAAGCAUGUAGCUAUUGUAGCUGGGAUUGCUGUUUUCGUUGCGAUUGCUGGUUUAGUUAGUUUAGUUUUUUUUGCUGUCAGGAGAUUCUGGGGUUGGGAGGAACAGCGGAAUAAUCUGGGUGAUAGCUUGUCGGUUAUUGUUGCAAACUCUCCCAAUUCUGUCCGUGACCCCGAGGGGGGGGACUACGAUCAUGAGAGCAAUUCUGUCCGUGACCUCGAGGGGAUUAACUACAGUCGUGCGAGCAAUUCUGACAAUACUGAAAGGAUCGGGACGAUAAGGCGUCCAGAUGCGCGGGGUGUUGAUAAAAUAUUGACAUUCAUGAGGAACAAGACAGGCAGAAACAUCAAGGGGCCAGAUUAG